AUGACUGUUGGUGAGGUGUACGAACAACAUCCUAGUACACCCCCAACACCCAGCACCAACAUGGCGGUUCAACAUCCUCAUCCUUGCGAUGAGACCCCUGUUGACUACAUCUUCAGCCGCUACUCUGUGGGCGAUCAGCUGGGGAAAGGUGGAUUUGGUGUGGUGUAUGAAGGGAGACGCCUGGAGGAUGAUCUUAAAGUGGCUUUGAAAUAUGUCACGAAGACCGACGACAUGGAAUGUAUAGACAUUCCCGAUCAUCCAGUCCCCCUUCCUAAAGAGAUCGCCCUCACCUUCCUGGCGAAUAAAGGUCACAGAGUGCCAGAAAUCAUCAGGCUGCUGGACUGGACGGACCACCCUGACCACUUCGUCAUGGUCCUCGAAUGUCCCUCUCCCUGUGAAAAUCUAGUAGAGUUCAUGAGGCGUCACGGUGGAAGCCUCGACGAACACACAGUGCGGCAGAUCAUGUGGCAGGCGACUAACGCGGCUCACAUGUGCUGCCUCCGCAGAGUGCUCCACCGUGACAUCAAACUGGAGAACCUACUGAUAAACAGGGAGACAUCCGAAGUCAAGCUGAUCGACUUCGGAUGCGGGGACAUUCUGAGGAUGUCGCCGUACAGGUCCUACCAUGGCACAGCAGCGUACUCGCCUCCAGAGUACUACAGCAGGGGGGAGUACUGCGGCUGGCCAGCGACGGUCUGGUCACUAGGGAUUUUGAUGUUUGCCAUGUUGUGCGGACAUUUCCCUAGUGACUUUGACCUGCACCUGCUGCAGUACAAGCGCUGGUCCAAACCUGGCCUGUCAAAAGAAUGCUGUGACCUCCUCAGUGCUCUCCUGAACGUGAAGCCAAUCCGGCGAAUUGGCUUGGGGCAAAUCAGGUUCCACAACUGGUUUUAGGUAGAGAACUGUAGAUCAG